AUGCAUUUGAAGAAAAAAUUUAAAUGUACCUUUAAAGCUAUUUAAAGUAAUAUAAUAAAAUACUUUAAUAACAAAAAAUUUUAAAAGUAAUAUAACUAUUAAGAAAUUAAAUAUUUUGUUUGGGUAGAUGCUUAUUUAUUUCUAUUUAGAUACAGAAUAUAUGCUUUAACGAUUUAUCUUUCAGAACUUAAAGUAAAAUUAGAAUCAGGUUUGAUUGAUAAAAUUAAAUCUUUGAGCUCUCAAAAAUUGGAUCAAUUGAGUCUUAUAGAUGGGUGACCAUAUUAUAAUCACAGCAAGUAAAUAAAUAUUAUAUUGCUUAAUUUCAUAUAAAAUUACAAUAUUUUUGAAAAGUUCAACUGCAAUCCUAUGUUAAAUAUAAUCAAGAAGAAGAAAAGUAUUAGUUUUUGCAUAUUUUCUAUUAAUUGUCAAUAAAAAGCCUUAGAUCAUAGUCCUUAACUUUACUUAUAUAUUUAUUAGAUAACAAAAAAAUGACUAUUGUCAAAAGCUUAGGGAAAUAUCAACAAGAUAAAAAAAUGCCAUACCAUUAAAAACACAAUCACCUUGCAUUAAAUAGAUAGAACAACAUUUUCUCAAGAUUUUACAGUUUUUGUGUAGCAUAGUAAUUUGAAAAAAAUUAUUAAUUUGAAGAACUUAAUACUAUUGUUAAAAGUUUAUUGGGCUAUGUAAUAAAUCAAAGAAAAAGUAGAUAAAUAUAUAUGAUGCUUGCAUAAUUUCAAUAGAUGGAUUAUACACUCAACAAUAGAAAGCCUUUCUACUUAUAAUUUCGAUUAAAUUAAACAAUUAUUCUAAUUCAGUUAUGA